AUGCCGAGUCCUCCCCGGCCCUGUUCAACGUCUCUGACCAGAUACACAGGGCAUUUUGCGCAGACGAUCAUUGCUCACCCUGAAGACAAGGGCGUGAUGAUCAAGAGCGUUGGCGCCCUUUUGGUGACUGGGUCAAUUUCAGAUCCUCACCAACAACACCUACUUCGAGGGCACGACAUGGAGAUCAGCGCGCUCACCGUGUCUUCGUCGGGUGCGCUUAUAGCCACAGGCCAGCGCGGAUCUACGAAAGUCAAGGGCUACCCCGCCCCGGUCUUCCUUUGGGACUACAAGACCCGAACGUCUUUGUUUGUGUAUCAAGGUUUAACCGAGUGCGUUUGCCACCUUUCUUUCAGCCCAGACGCGAGGUUUCUGCUCGGCUGCGGCGGAGACGGACUGGUGUACGUGUGGGACACCAGCACGGGGGAGCUCGUGACAGGGAAGCAGUACGCGGAACCGUCCACGCUCGGGGAAUGGACUGCGGUAAACUUAGCUGGGAGAAGGCCAGUCUAUGAGAUUUGCUUGUGCACCGGGAAUGACGUUCUUGCUUUGGAGCUGAGAUUCGAUCCAUCUAGGCGCCAGUGGGCGAUUUCAGGAGGUCCGAUGGCGACGCCAAGUUCAGGUCUUCGUCGGCAAUAUAAGUGCUCGGCUCUGCUUCCAGGAGGGGGGUUCUUGUUAUGCGGCACCGAUGUGGGCGACAUGGUCGUGUUUGGGUGCGUACGAACGUCCGUAGACCGUGGUCAUCGAUGGUGA